AUGGGAAAAUCAAAGUAAGUUCAUUUUCUUGAAUCAUUUUAUCAAAAUACUUCAGGCAUAACACAUGUUUAAUGUUAUUUUAAUGAAUCAAAUUCAUGUGAUUCCUUAUUUGAUCCUCUUAGUCAAAACGAAACUAUUAUUGUAACAAUUAUUGAUAUAAAAAUAAAUAAUGAUGGCUAAAAUGAUUAUUUGAAAAUGCUGAUUCCCACAAAUUUAAACAUAAAAAUUGUGGAUGAAUAUGAAAAUUCCAUUUAUGGAGAAAUUAUUUGUAUAAAUAAGAGAUGCACUCUAUACUUACCUAGAAAAGUAAAUAAUGAAAAAUUGUUACAUUAUAUUCGAAUAAUGGUUGAUUUUGACAAUGAUACAAAAAUUAUGAAAUUAGAACCAAAAGUUAUUGAAAUUUAAAAGAAUACAAAAAUAUUUGAUAAAUUUCACCUAUAUUAUAAAGUUUAUUUAUCAAAAUAGUCAAGUUUAAGUAGUGGAGCAUAUAUAUUUAGACCUAAUUUGAAUGCCUCUGAUUAUGGUGAUUUUCUCUAAGCAAUUGAAUUUUCUGGUCAAAUAAUCUAAUAAAUAUAUUUGGAAAAAACAACACUAAAAGUCUGGAUUACAAGAUUUGAAAAUCAAGAUCUAUUUUCUAUUGACACAUUUUUAGAUUCCAUAGAUAUUUCUGAUUAAUUUGGUAAAGAAAUCAUAUUGUAAAUUCAAACUGAUAUUUCAAAUGAUGGUAUAUUUUAUACUGAUAGCAAUGGAUUCAAAUUUUAAAAACGAAGGAUAAAUCACAGGGAUUCAUGGAACAUAAAAAUGAAAGAGUAAAUAGCUGGUAAUUAUUUUCCUGUCAACGGUGCUAUUAUGAUCAUGAAUAGUGAUGGAAAUUCUGCUUGUGCAGUACUAAAUGACAGAGCUUAAGGAGGAUCAAGUUUAGACUAAGGAGUUAUUGAAUUAAUGCUGUAGAGAAGAUUAGUACGUGAUGAUAACAAAGGACUGUUUGAAGUUUUGGAUGAAUAAGAAAUAGAUAAGGGUUAAAAAGUAGGUAUUAGAUAAAUGAUAUCACAUACAAUCAUUUUCUAUAAUCAUCAAUAACAACCAAAUCUAUUAAGAGAACAUCAAUAUAAAUAAGAUUUAUAACCCUUACUCUAUUUUUCAACAUAACCUUUUAUACAAUAUUCUUCUCUAUUGGAUUUAUUUUAAGGAUUUUUAAUCAAACAGUCCGAUAAAAAUUUGAGCAAAUUAUACAUAGAGCCUUGGUUAUAAAAUAAUUAGUAUUUAGUAAGAGUUCACAACAUGAAGGAAGAGGGCAUUUAAAAACUAAAUUUCCUUAAAGGAUUAUCAUUCUUAGAAACAACUUUGACUGGCAAUUAAGAUUUAAAGAUGUGGGAGCUUAAUCGAUUAAAAUGGAGCGAUAGUUAUCCAAAAAAACAAAAUUAUUAAUAUAAGGAUGACGAAGUUGGUCCAAUGAAGAUAAGAACGUGGAUUGUAACUAUUUGA